AUGUCGUUGAGUUUGUUAAAGUCAGAACAGGACGUGAGAAAAUGGAUAAUCACGUUGAAGCUGUCGUACGGGGAGGUAUGUGAAAAGUUUGGAAUCGACAUUAACAACGAUCGUCGUAACGCCUUCUUCUGGAACAUGAUGCUUGAUAAAAAAAUUAUCAUCAACGAAGAGUUGUUGUCUUGGUGCAGUUAUUAUGUGUAUCGGAAGAAGCGCUAUAUUGUUAUGAACACUAUGGAUUUCGAGUCUCUACUGAUGCAGAUGCGCAGCCGCAAAGCCCAAGAGAUUCGCGAGUUGUACUCAUUUCUAAAACACAUUUCCAUGCAAUAUAUGAAAUACGAAAAGUACUACGAGGAACACCGCAACGAAUUGAUCAGCAUGCAGAACAAUCAAUUGACACAAUCGGUGCGCGAGUUGAAAGACCUGAUGCUACAAGUCGAACAAGAGCGUUUAAAAGCUGAAGAGGAGCGACAACUGGCUGAACAACGUCAUUUGAAAGUCUCAGCUAAAUUGGAUACUAUUCGCAACCGCAUUCGCACCGAGGUGGUAGAUCGUUUACGUACCGAGAUUGCACCGCUGGUCGCACCUCCGCCCAUCAAUCGUCACAAAGAUCGCUGUUUAGCUUUGAUUUGUAUUUCUCCCGCACGAGAACGGUACAUUGUGCGCCGUCAACGCGAAAGUUUCAACAAGGCAAUACAGGCAGUAUUGAAAAAAAAUCCCCUGGCAAAGCUGGUGAAAGAGUGGCACGGACUGGCGCAUUCCGUGGACGUUGGUAAUUGUGUGAAGUCACAAUUGCGUAAUCUAAAAUGGCUAGCCAGAGGAAACAUUUUGCGCAGCGAAAGGGACGAGGAAUCGACUGACGCUAAUAAUAUAUAUUCAAAUGAUGAUAUUGUAAAUACAAUAGACGAGAUUUUGUCGAAAAAUUCUGCUUUGCAAUUAUCGGAUCAGUUAAAUGGAUCACUUGAAUAUUCACAA